AUGCGGACUGGUGCGCCUCACCUAUCAUCCAAGUCUGAGACAAUCAAAUCCUUCGAUGCGAGAAAUGUCGAGCCACGGCUCACGCUCGAUUCAAGACGGCAGACCGGCCUGGCCCUGUACUUUCUGUACCAAAAAGCGAAGAAUAUGGGAGUGAUAAGAGCAAGGAUGAUCAAGGAGCUCGUUCGGCUUCAAUUUCAACUUCUGAUUCGGCUCAUGCGAAUCGGGGCAUCAUUACUGCGCUUUUAUCGGACGAAUUCCGUCUUACUGUUCUCCACGCUGCCGGGGACAAAGGUCCAUUGUAUCCCAUACAUGUGGGCUUGGAGUCAUACAAGGACACGCAUUUCCCUGGCUAUGAUGCCAUCUCGUACACAUGGGGCGAUGAGAAUGGCAACUUCGAAUGUUGUCAUCCAAUCUACGUGGGCGGCCACUGGGACAUCAUCUUCCAAACCAGAAACUGUUGCGACAUGCUCAAAUAUUUACGACCAUCUCGUGGCUUGA